AUGUCGAGCAAUGACUCGAAGAAACCAAGGAGGAGAGGUACCAAUUCGGAGAAGGGCUUCAAGCCUUAUCACUCUGUAAGCGUUCCCAAGCACGUGGACCUCGUACAUCAAUCCCAUCAAGAAGACAAACCAAAGACAACGGUUAUGCUGAGGAACAUCCCGAACAGGUAUUCGCAGGUGGGUUUGCUCAAAGAGAUCAACGCUGCAGGCUUUACAGAUUCAUACGACUUCUUCUACUUGCCAAUGGACACAAAAAACCGCACCAACGUGGGUUAUGCCUUCAUCAACUUCUUGACCUCACAGGAUUUGGAUCGCUUCAUGACGUAUUUUGCCGGCUAUGUCUUCCCAAACUGUCCCACUCCCAAGGCAGCACGCGUAUCUUUGGCCCAUAUUCAGGGCUUCAUUGAGAAUAUCCGUCAUUUCUCCAACCGUGCUGUCUCACAUUCCAGGAACAGUCAGUACCGGCCAAUUGUGAUCCACAAGGGAACGAGAAUGGAUAUCUCUGAGGCAUACGACUUGCUUUGCACAGUGCAAGCGGUGACAGCGCCUCCCGAGAGACCAGCAUAUCCACAGGUCUUUGACCCUCCACCGGGUUUGGAGCUCCCAUGGACCCAGAUGCACCUGGAAGCCAUGGAAGAUCCUGUUCGAGCUGCGGGACCAAUGGCACCAAUGGCACCAAUCGGACCCAUGGGACCCAUGGGACCAGUGCUCCCACGUCCACGUCCAGCGGCACCAAGUCUCAGCUACUGUGAGGCGCAGAAUUUCUGCGAGGCAAAGCGUGGCUUUGAGGAGGCAAUCUCCAUGUUCCUUGCUUCCUACAACCCCAUCGAGGUGGCACACCCUUCUACGACGGCAUCCAUGGCCUCCGUGCCAGUGCCUAUCGUGGACGAUGAUGAACAAACAGAUUGCGAAGCCAGCGUUUCGGGCACCCCUCGCGGCCCUGGCAUUUUCUCUCCAAAGUUCGAACUCCCUGGGGAUGCACACGAUCACGACGAUGGAGCGGCCACGCCCCGGACCAACAAGACUCUCUUCGUACAUGGCGGCCGCUUUUCAGCCUAA